AGUGGAAAUGCUUUUUUGUCCCUAAUUGAGGUCAUUUUGUUUUGUCAAAAGCCCAGAUUCUGCAUUAUGCACAUACAUUCAAGCGUGCUCAAGAUGGAUCAGGUUACUGCACAUAGAUGGCAGCAGGUAUCAGCAGAGCCUUAUCAGUAAGCCUGGAGUUAGAUCUAAGGCCAGUAGAUGGGGAUGCUGUCUCAUGCCAGCAUGCUGCUCCCUAAGGAGAGGCGGCAUGACCCGUCACAUGCUCCUCACAUGUGACAAACAGCCAGUUUGGAAUUAGGCAGUCUGGGUCCGGAUGGGCCACCUCCCAGGAACCCCUGUGCUCUUGAUCAUGCCGUGACUGGGCUCUCUGUUUCUGGCUCUGUGAUUGGCAGUAUGGCAGCGACGGAGGGUCAACACUCAGUGUUACUAUACCGAUGAGAGAAUAAGACAGUUUAAGGUUUUUCUUUUCUUGCCGUUUUUUGGUUUUGAGAAUGUAUAGAUGUAUGUUGUAGUCUGAGAUGCUACUUAUGCUAAAGUCCAGUCAAUUUCACCAGAUGAUGACCCAGUCCAAGACUUUCCAUUAAACUAUAUUGCAAAAUAUCCCAUGCAGAGGUCACUACCUGAAUGAUUUCUCUCCAGAUUAUCAUUUUUUUUUUGUAGUCAGGUGAGAGAGGCGCCAAAUUGCUUUCUCCAGAUAUCCUAAGUAGAGAAAGGAACUAUAACUCAGUGAGAUGUGCCCACAGGGCUUAAUUCUCCAGUGGCUUAUAAUCAGUCUGCGAUGGGGACAGGCCAUCACAUUAUCCACCAGAGAGGCUAUUCAGGGAGACAAGGGCCUUGAUUCAUCUGAGAGAAGAGUUUGAAUAAUCACUGCUGCAGACAUUUCUAAAUUACCUACCGAGGACAGCACAGGUGUGGUGAAAGAUACAUUUGUAUGACAUUUUUUCUGAUGCAUGUGUUAAAGUGCAGUGUUAUUUCGUAACAAGAUUUUUCUAAUAAAAAUCCUAAAAAAGGCCUGUUUCUUUCUUUGUAUAUGAGGAGAUAUGUGGUAGUGUUUUGGUGGUUUGGCAAAGGCCCUUUCUCUCCUCAACUUUUGGUAGUUACUAGUUUACCUAUGUAAUAGCAGUGUGAGUAGUUUACCUAUGUAAUACCAGUGUGAGUAGUUUACCUAUGUAAUACCAGUGUGAGUUGUAGGUACUUAUUGGCAGACAACAAAGGCCAGACAAAUGUUUUCUUUUUGAACCAUUCAUGUGCGGUCAGACAGUCAUUGAAUUAUCUGCUGUGUUCUGUUUUAUGUUAUAAGAUGUGUGGAUUUCCCAUCUAUAAAGCAGGUGCUGAGAGUUAACUAGUAAUGCCGGUUGUUGAUAUGAAAUAAUUUUCAUCUCCUAAAUUGAGUAGACCUCUCCUCAGUUGAUCCAGUGGUGUACAUCUACAGAGCCCCUUCCACUUGUGACAAACACCCCUUUCAUGCGACGAACCAUUUAGAGUUGAUACUGAAUGCUGCCUGGACCAUUUGGCUUGAAAAGUGUUGUUUUGCUAAAUGGGAAGAAUACAGAGACACAUCUUCAGUCUUUGCUGCGAGAACGGAUAGUAGAGGCCAAUUUUUUUAUAAUUAAUUUUUUUGUGUCAUUAAAAAUAGAAUAAGAUAUUUUUUUGUCACCACAUAUUGGUUUUAAGCGUGGUCGAGAUACGAUAAGGGGAUGGGGAUUGCCUUAGCAUAAACCCCCAUGUAGAAUUGUAACGUAAUAUUUAUGUAGGCUACCAAGAAUCGUAGGCCUGAGGUUUGACCUGAGGGGGGAGGGUAACUCUGCAGUGAUGUUGAACACUGCUGGGGGUUUCACUCUGGUUAAUGCGAAUGGGCUUAUGUGCAGGCAGAAAGGGGAGUGCAUGUUGGGGGAAGCGCGGAUCUAGAGAGGAGGGCUUCAGCUAUUGUUCAAGCCUGGCCAGGAACAAAGGCUUGUUCGGGGUCCUUUACCUCCGAUUAACCGUAUACAAGUCAUUUUAUCAGUGACUGCAAACUAAUCAUAGUGCAGCAUUUGGCUGGAACGCAUCGCUUCUCGUUUCUUAUGUAGCGUACCAAAUGUUCUCUAUUUAGAGGGAUUUUUUUUUCUUUCUCGACUGGGACGGUGAACGGAAUUUCUAGCCAGCUAACUGUAAGGUUAGCUGACGAGAGUAGCUAACGUUAGAAUAGAGGAGCAUUUUCUGCCCAGACUUUCUUGCAGGCUGCUCCUCUAAAAAUUUCAAGCUGUACUCCCCAAAGGAGCCCCCGAACGGUAGCGCCUUCCCCCCCUUCCAUCCAGGCACAAUGCUGGACCGAGACGUGGGCCCCACGCCAAUGUACCCUCCUACAUACUUGGAGCCGGGAAUAGGGAGACACACACCGUAUGGGAACCAGACAGACUACAGAAUAUUUGAGCUUAACAAGCGACUACAGAACUGGACGGAGGACUGUGACAACCUAUGGUGGGAUGCCUUCACCACAGAGUUCUUUGAGGAUGAUGCCAUGCUCACCAUUACGUUCUGUCUGGAAGAUGGGCCCAAACGAUAUACUAUUGGUCGGACAUUGAUUCCCAGAUACUUCCGGAGUAUCUUUGAAGGGGGAGCCACAGAGCUCUUUUAUGUCCUGAAGCAUCCCAAGGAGUCCUUUCACAACAACUUCGUGUCUCUGGAUUGCGAUCAGUGCACCAUGGUGACACAAAAUGGAAAGCCCAUGUUUACGCAGGUUUAUGUGGAGGGCCGCCUGUACCUGGAGUUCAUGUUUGACGACAUGAUGAGGAUCAAGACGUGGCACUUCAGCAUACGGCAGCAUCGUGAGGUGGUACCCCGCAGCAUCCUGGCCAUGCAUGCUCAGGAUCCUCAGAUGCUGGAGCAGCUGUCAAAAAACAUCACACGAUGCGGUCUCUCCAACUCCACAUUAAACUACCUCCGACUCUGUGUGAUCCUGGAGCCCAUGCAAGAGCUCAUGUCCAGGCAUAAGACUUACAGCCUCAGUCCCCGAGACUGCCUCAAGACCUGCCUGUUCCAGAAGUGGCAGCGGAUGGUGGCUCCACCAGCCGAGCCAGCCAGACAAGCGCCCAAUAAGCGACGAAAACGCAAGAUGUCAGGUGGUAGCACCAUGAGCACGGGCGGCGGCAACAACAAUAACAACAACAGCAAGAAAAAAAGCCCCGCCAGCAGCUUUGGUCUCUCCAGCCAGGUACCUGAUGUGAUGGUGGUGGGCGAGCCCACGCUGAUGGGCGGGGAGUUCGGGGACGAGGACGAGCGUCUGAUCACGCGGCUGGAGAACACGCAGUUUGAUGCGGCCAAUGGCAUCGACGACGAGGACAGUUUCAACAACUCCCCCGCCCUGGGCGCCAACAGCCCCUGGAACAGCAAAGCUCCUUCCAGCCAGGAGAGCAAGAGCGACAACCCCACCUCCCAGUCCUCCCAGUAGACUACUGCACUCGUGUGGCGGUGGGGUUCGGAGGGGGGAGGGGGGCGGGUUGAGGUGGGGGGGGGGGGCAAGUGAAGGUGAAAACAAGGGGGAGAAUUGGAAGCCAGGGAGGUGGUCACUACUAAAGGACAGUUGACACAUUCAUAUAUUGUGUGUAAGCGUGUGUGUGUGUGUGUGCAUGUGUGGUGUGUGUGCGCGUGUGUGUGUGUGUAGAAUCAUAACACGACAGAAUACACGACAGAAAAGUCCUCAAAACCGGCCCUCAAGGUCAUUGCUCACUGUUCUGAAGAGUCCCUAGUGAUGGAGGUUCCAUUAACAAGCUUUCUGAGAUGUGCGUUUGGGUGUUUUAUAGAGCAAAAGUGCAACCUCAGCUCUCCCUCCUCAGCACAGCAACAGCACACUCCCUCUUGGUCAAACAGAUGAAGUGUGUGUGGGUGCUUUUGAGUGUGUUGUUUUGUUUUUUUAUUCUUUUUUUUAUUUUAUUUUUUGUGGGUGGGUGUGUUUUGAUUUCCCAUUGCUGCAUACAAUGGCUGGGUCCAGUCCGGUCCGGUCCGGUCCGGGUCUCUGACUAAGCAGUGUUAGCAAAGGCCGCUGUGUCUGUGGGUUCUUGUUCCAACCUCGGGUCUCUUGUGUGCAAUCUGCCUGACAUGGGCACUCUGGGUUCUGUUGUGCUCACUCCACAAUGAAGGAUUAUAUAUUUUAUUUAAAUCGCUUUUAAUAGAGACAAAAAGUAUUGUGUGCACUUCAGAUCAAAAAAAAAGAGAGGGGGAAAAAAAUAAAACAAACACUCAGCUUUUUUUUUUUUUUAAAAACUCAAUGAUUUGUUUUGUAGGACCUGGUUGGAACAAAAACCUGUACAGGGCCGGAGCUUGAGGACCGGAGUUGAGAACCACUACCUUAAAUCUGAAAACAAACCGAUAUUAAAAAAAAAAAAAAAAAGCUCAAAGCAUUGAGAUUGAGGUACUGGAGUUUGGGGCUCGUUCACCCUGAGCAGAUUUGAACUGACAACACAAACAAACAAGUCCCUGACUCAGCAGAAGUGGUUUUUUUUUCUUUGUUUUUGUAUCUUUUACAUGGGUUUUGUUUUUUAUUUUUUAUAACAGUUUUCUAAAAAACGAAACCAACUAGCAAGCAAAACAAAAAACACCCUGAAUAUUCUUUGCACUGUCUUCACUGUUUUCUCAAUCUAUUUUUCUUAUAAUGGUGGACUCUGUUCUUUGUAGUCCUUUAAUAUUAAAACAUGCGAAAAACAUCUGAAACGUGGAACUGGAGAGUAAAAUCUAUAAAUGUGUAUAAAAGCUAUUACUGUCAAAUAUUUUGUAGCAUUAUUACCAUAAUAAUUAUGUAAUUACAUGGUCUGUGUAUGUGAUUUCUCAGACAAAAUCAUGAAAGACUAUUUUAAAGGUGCAGUAUGAUUUUUUUUUGUUUUUGUCAAAAGAAGAAUAUUUCUAGACUUGCAACAGUUGUGUGAUUUAGAAUUUGGUUUUUAGGUGCAAUGAUGGUGAAAUCUUAAAGAAAUGGAUUUGAAAAAAAAAUCACGAUUUUCAGACUGUACAGGAAACCGCUGUAAGCUUCAGAGACGACUCGCUUAUUUCAGGACUGCAUUAGAAUGAUGCGUCCUGAAGCCGUUCUAGAACAUUUUGACACAACAAAAACUCCACACUGCGCCUUUAAUCAUGACUUUAAAAGCAGACGCCAUUUAAACAUCAUUGCUUUACUCUAUAAAAGAAGUAACUCAUGACCUGCAUGUUCUAUUUCCCACACAUGUUCAAGGGGUCACUCUUUAGACGACCCCCUUGAUUCAAAUUGUCCAUAGCACUUUGUUUCCUGAUUGAUCUACAGGGGAACAGUGGCCAAAUACCUCCGAACAAUUUUUUUUUGUGUGUGUGUGUGUGUAAAACUAACCAUUUCUUGGAUGUGCUUUCCUGUACAUCCCGUUUUAAGCCCCCUUGUUUUUCUUAUGUUGGAAAAGAAAUCCCUCUCCAUCCACACUGCAGUUAAUGGUUUCUUAAGGUAAUAUCUUGCCCACCCGACCCCACCCCACAAUCCCCUGAGUUCUAAAAUAGAUUUGAAAGCUGCAGACCAAGGAGCUGAUUGCAAGAUCCUUUAAUAUCCCCUCUGAUAAAUUUGUACAAGAGAAUCAUUCGUGUGGGAUUUUUAUUAUUGUUUUUUUUUUUUCCCUUCUCAUUUUGUAAUUUCAAUUUUGUGUAUUUGUGCUUGUAUAUUUAAGACAGUAGCCAGUUUCUGUACAACUGUACUUCAGUGUAUUCCUCUUUAGAAGACCCUAAAGACCAUCCCUGUCUUAUGUAAAAACAAUAACAUUUUUGUCAAAUAAAGAAAUGUAUGAAGAUUAAAAGUAAAGGGUACAGAUACCAUUCACGUCAGAAGUAGAUUAUAGUUUUUACUUCAAUGUACAAUGUAUUUAUUUUUUUGACUUCAUGUCAUUGUAUUCUUUCUGGAUUCAGUAUGUCUUUCUGUAAAAUAUGUCAAUAUUUGCUGGGAAUGAAUUUGAUGUUGCUACUCCUCGAACAGGGACAUUUGUGUGUGUCCUGAUCAUUUACUAAGCACCAGAUGAGUUAGACAUAACAUCAGUAGGAAACAACUGAGUAGUAAUUGUCUCGUCAUUUUCUAGCUCCUUUUCAGUCGGCAGGAAGUGUCCCAGUACUCGGGUAAAGAUUGCAGCUCUUCCGGGGGGUGUGUGUUUGGUUUGGUAAUCUGAGCGAAUUAAGAGCUGAAAGACAGCAGAGGGCACUGCGAGCCGCGCUUCCUCAACAUGUCACAUCAUUUACACUGCAUAGCCUCACCCGCUUUAAAGCACUGGUGGAAUGAGAUAUUAAAAAACAAACAAAAAAAAAAAACAAACAAAAAAAGUCUUUUUGCAGAACCUUUUUUUCACUAAUAUUUGCUCUAUCUGUGUUCUUGAUAUGAAACCAAAAUUCCGCAGAUAAACAGCAGUAGAGGUAAGGGAUAUGCUAAGGAGCUACUAGCAGGGUGACCGCAGAAAUCGAAUGGUGAUUUGCCCUCUUCGCUGUUCCUCUGAUCGGGGGGGCAGUUUGAUAUAUAUUUUUGCUUAGUUUCUGCCAUUGAUAAUUCAUGUAUGGUAUCAAUAAAAAAUAAUUUUCACUUGUAAA